AUGGCGGCCCCAAGAACGCUUUACCAAAAGAUUUUCGAUAAUCAUGCCGCCUACAAGCACCCUGAUGGGACUGUUAUCCUGUACAUCGACCGGCACCUCGUGCACGAGGUGACCUCGCCACAGGCUUUUGAGGGUCUUCGAAACGCCAAGCGAAGUGUCAGGCGGCCUGACUGCACGCUCGCCACUGUCGACCACAACAUCCCCACAAUCUCUCGAAAGACGUACCGCGACACAAAGACAUUCGUCGAGCAGUCGGACUCGCGGAUUCAGUGUCUCACCCUCGAGGACAAUGUCAAGGAGUUUGGCCUCACCUUCUUUGGUCUCUCGGACAACCGCCAGGGCAUCGUGCACAUCAUUGGCCCUGAGCAGGGCUUCACGCUUCCCGGCGCCACGAUUGUAUGCGGCGAUUCCCACACGUCGACCCACGGUGCCUUUGGCGCUCUGGCCUUUGGCAUCGGCACCAGUGAGGUCGAGCACGUCCUGGCAACGCAGACCAUCCUUCAGAAGCCGGCCAAGAACAUGAAGAUCCAAGUCGAUGGCCAGCUUGGUCCUGGUGUCAACUCCAAGGACAUCAUCCUCCACGUCAUUGGCAUCAUCGGCACGGCUGGAGGCACGGGUGCCGUCAUUGAAUUCUGCGGCUCGACGAUCCGCAGCCUGUCGAUGGAGGCCAGGAUGAGCAUCUGCAACAUGUCAAUCGAGGCCGGCGCCCGUGCAGGCCUCAUCGCACCUGACGAGAUCACGUUUGAAUACAUCAAAGGCCGGCCCCUGGCGCCGACAGGCAAGGCAUGGGACGAUGCGGUGGCAAACUGGCGCUCGCUGCCGUCCGACGAGGGCGCAAAGUACGAUGCCGAGGUGUACGUCGACGCCAAGGACAUCGCUCCCACAAUCACGUGGGGCACGAGCCCCCAGGACGUUGUCGCCAUCACGGGCAAGGUCCCCGACCCAAAGACGGACGGCAAGGAUGCCAACCACGCCAGUGCCAUGGAGCGCGCCCUCGAGUACAUGGGCCUCACGGCAGGCACGCCCAUGGAGGAAGUCAAGAUCGACAAGGUCUUCAUUGGCUCGUGCACGAAUUCACGUAUCGAAGACCUUCGCGAGGCCGCGCGGAUCCUUCACGGGCGGAAAGUGGCCUCUCACCUCUACUGCAUGCUCGUUCCUGGCUCCGGACUGGUCAAGAAGCAGGCAGAGGCAGAGGGCCUCGACAAGAUCUUCAUCCAGGCCGGCUUCGACUGGAGGGAGGCUGGAUGCUCCAUGUGCCUGGGCAUGAACCCGGAUCAGCUUGCGCCUGGCGAGAGGUGCGCCUCGACGUCGAACCGCAACUUCGAAGGCCGCCAGGGUGCUGGUGGCCGAACGCACCUCAUGUCUCCCGCCAUGGCCGCCGCCUGCGCCGUGACAGGAUACCUGACCGACGUGAGGAAGCUCGAGGCUGGCCAGCGAGUCGGCUUCGAGGCCUCCAAGCCCGGAUUCCAGAUCCAGAUGACAGACAACAAGUCGUAUCUCACCGACAAGCCUCUGCCGCCACCCUCGCCCAUCGUGCCUGGUGCCACAGCGGAUGCGCCAGCAACCACGGACGAAGACGCGCUCCGCGACGUGCCCCAGUCUGAGAUGACCACGUCUGGAGGUGGCAUGGAGAAGUUCCAGGUGCUUGAGGGCUUCUGUGCUCCCCUGCCGCGCAACAACGUCGACACGGACCUCAUCAUUCCCAAGCAGUUCCUCAAGACAAUCAAGCGCACCGGCCUCGGCUCGGCCCUCUUCUGGCCGCUCCGGUACGACGUCAAGACGGGCGAACCGCUUCCCGACUUUGUCCUCAACCAAAAGCCAUUCGACGGAGCCAACAUUCUCGUCGCGCAGGAGAACUUUGGCUGCGGCUCCUCUCGUGAGCACGCUGCGUGGUCCCUGACCGACUUUGGCAUCCGGUGCGUCAUUGCCGAGUCGUUCGGUGACAUCUUCAGCACAAACUAUACCAAGAACGGCGCGCUUCCGGUCCGCCUCCCCAAGGAGCAGGUGGCAAAGGUCAUGGAGGCAGCCAAGGCCGGCGAGAAGGUCAAGGUGGACCUGGUCAAGGAAGAGGUCGUCCUCCAGGACGGCACAUCAUUUGCCUUCAAGACGCCCGAGUUUACGAGAAAGUGCCUUCUCGAGGGUCUCGACGACAUUGCUCUCACCCUCGUUCACGGCGACAAGAUCAAGACCUUUGAGGCUCAGCGGAGUCAGACGACGCCGUGGCUCGACGGCUUCGGCUACACCGUCGGCGCCUCCAAGGCUUCAGGGGAUUCCAAGAAGCUCGAACCCCUCGUCGCAAAGGCCACCACGGCCGCCAAAAAGGUUUCGGAUUGGUAGUUCUUUCUUUUACCUCACGCCUCUUUUGGGAGAGGAGAGGGCUUGUCAGGAGCGUAGUGACUCUGAUGCCAUGUUCAAUUGCAUUUCGUUCUGUUCUUGUGUUUCUACAGCUUAAUCUUGC